CCACUGGGCCUCCUCUUCGCAAUCCCAAGAUAGAAAUAGCUUUAUGGGUGUUCUUUGGCUCAUAGCAGUGUAUCUAAGCUAAUGGCCUCCAGUCAGACUAGAAGAGAUAUGUCUCAGAUGUUUAAGAGGCUCACUAGGAAGAAAAAAGAUGAGCCAGACCCAGCCAAGGAGACUCCAGCUCUACCUGACGAUGCUGAGGGUUUCAUCUGCCCCAUUUGCAUGGAGGCACUCAAGUCGGCUGAGGCCCUACAAGUUCACUGGGAGGCUGCUCACAACAUACCCGAGAUGGACAAGAAAGAUGUUAAGUCUAGUCUCAACUCUAGUCUCCAGGAGCUACAUCCCUACGUGUCCCCGUUGCCGGGGGAGGGACAGGAUGAGUUGGAUCACUACCGACUACAAGUCAGGGUCAUGACAGACAUUAUCAAUGAGGAGCGCACACAGAACAGUGGAAUGAGGUCAGAGCUCUCCAAACUAGAGGCGGCCCUGGAGAAGAGUAGUGACCAGACGAGGGGGGAGCUACGAACCAUGAAACAGAUGUUUGAGCAGUCGGAACAAAGCAGGACGGCCAUGACUACUGAGCUGGUGAGACUGAGCACAGAGCAGGAGCACCUCAAACAAGAGAGGGAGGACCUCUCAGGCAGUAACGGGAGACUCGCACAGAAAGCUGCUAACUUGGCGGUGCAGGUGGCGUCGUUGCAGUCACGACUGGACGAGAGUGUUAGCAGGGGAGAAGCACUGACCAGCAAGAGCACAACACUAGAGAAUCAGUUGAGGGAACAAGAGUUGAGGAACGAGAGACUGUCCACUAGACUGCAGCAAAGACCUGAGGCUGAUGAUGUGAGGGCCAUGCAGGAGCAGCUGUCAGCUCUGCAUCUCGUCCUGGAGCAGUCUAGUAGUGAACACGAGAUGAAGCUACAACAAACGGACCAUGAGAAACAGGUGCUUUCAAAGGAGAGAGACAAUCUAAUGGGAAAACUGGAGGUAGCAAAGGAGGAGAUGAAGAAUCUACCCACAAAAGAGCAGCUAACAAAACUGGAAUACCAGGUGUCGUCACUGGAGAGGGAGAAUUCACUGAGUCAACAAAAUGCUGUACGUGCAGAGACGCAGCUGGCGGAGGUACAGGGCAAGUAUGAGGCCACGCCCAAACAGGAAGUAAUAGACAGAUUGUCUGGAGAGGUGGACAGGUUGAGGGCUGAGUUGAGGGAAACUAGGGAGACUGUUGCUAAGAAGGAUGUGGUGGUACAGUCUCUACAGGUCGAGCUGAGGGAGGCACCAAAGAAAGAAACGAUUGCAAAACUGGAGGAGGAUAUAAAGGAAGUGAAGAUGACCCUCCAGAAGAAGACGGAGGAGCUACGAGUGAGUGAGUCAGGUGCUCAACAGUUGAGGCUGGAACUGGACAAAGCUCCUAAACAGAAGGACAUGAACAGCCGUGAUGCUCGAGUGAGACAGCUCGAGCUGGAGUUGGCAGCGGCCCCACGAGAGGACAGACUGGAGAGAAUGGAGGCUGAACUGAGGACAGCUGCAGAGAGACAGGCGGCUGCUCCUAAACAACAACAACUGGACAGUUUGCAGGAGUCCCUGACAAGUGUACAGGCCACCCUCACUGAGACGAGGGGGCGGCUCACGGAGAAAGACGGCCUGUGUGCCAGACUAGAGGAGCAGCUGGCCACGUCGAGCACGGAGUGUGCCCGGAGUGAAGAGGUGGUGGUCUCACUGAGGGAGGAGCUAGAGAGAGCACAGCAAGAUACUCACAGCAAGGAGUUGUCGCUGGCUACUAGUCAACAGGAGAACAAGCAGUUGAAGAAGCAGCUGUCAGUGGCCGAGAGCAGAACACUCAACAAGGAGACAGCUGUGGGGGAGCUAGAGGUCAGAGUGGCCGAACUCAAGGAGAAUAUCACACAACUUCAACUGGAGAAAACAGAACUCAUCACCAAGUCCGAGGCUGGCGAGGGAGCAGCUGCUCUCAUCAGUCAACUAGAACAAGAGAAGCGUACACUUCAGAGCAAGUUGGAGACCUCUUAUUUGAGUGGCCAGGAGAAGAGCAGACAACACGAGGCAAAGUUGGACUCUGCCAACGCAAGAACUGCUCAGGUGAGUGAUCAGUUGGAUACACUGAGGGAGGAGUGCCGUGGUCUGGAGGGACAGCUGGCAACUAGGGACCUCUCACUGACAGCUGCUCAGGGAAAGAUCGACCUUCUCACAGCUACAACACAAACCAAGGAGUCACAGUUGGCCCAAAGAGAGAGAGAGUUGGCGCAGACACGUUCUGAACACAAGGAGCAGCUGGAGAAACUGACCUUUGAUCUCAAGGAGGGAAGGCAAAAUACAGAAUUGGCACAAUCUGAGAAAGAACAGUUGGUGACCGCCUCCACUCAGCGAGAGGGUGAACUCAAGGCACAGCUAUCGAGUGUACAAGAAGCCGUACAGAGACAGCUGGCCGGGGUGUCUGAUCAGCUGGAGGAGACGAGGGUACGACUGGAACAACAGGAGAGGGAGGCGGGGUCACAGAGGGCAGAGCUUGAGGGACGAGUCGCUAUGGUGACCGGACAGCUAGAUAGUGAGAGAGAGGAUUGGUCGAAAUCAGAGAGUCAAUUAAAGACGGAAUUGUCCUCCUUGCGAAACAACUGCGACCAACUGUCACAGGAACUAAACGCUACAAAGGUCUCCAUGGAAACAUCGAGACAGGAGCUGUGCUCUCAACUGGAGGAGAAGGACAGGACCAUCACAAGACUUCAACAAGACAUUACCAAACUAGAGUCUUCCAGAAUUGAAGUUGAAACUAAACUCACCUCACAGCUGGAGGAGAAACAAUCGUCCGUGGUUACCAUGGAGACUCGACUGCAAGAGGCUGCCCAGUCACAUGACCAGGCGGUGCGUGAGAAGGAAGAGGUCGUAGGGUCACUGAAUGCGAGGGUGUUGUCAUUGGAGAGAGAGUUGCAGCUGCAGACAGAGGCACUGGAGUCUCAAGUGACCCAACUCAAUGUGACCAGACAGCAGUUGGAGAACAAACUGGCCAGCGAGGCUACACUGCAUCAGGAGUUGAGUAGUUUGAGACAGAGGGUGGAGCAUAAAGAAGAGACAAUGAAGGAGGAGGGCAGGCAGAGGAGUGACUUGGAAACACAAGUGACCUCACUACGCUCACAGCUACAAGAGAAGAGCGAGGGUACGGUCUCACUGGAGAACAAGCUGGCGAUCAGACAGGAGAUGUUGGAGGCACUACAAAACGACUUAGAACGAGGUCAGAGGGACUUUGAUCAGAAGGUGAACUCUUACGAAGACAUGCUCACCACUUCUUCUCAAGAGUUGGAGCAUGAGCGAGAGAAGAUAGAAGCUCUGGAAUUGGAGCUGGAGGGAGCUAGAAGAGACUUCACGGACCUGAAUGCCCAGUUAGACCAGGCUGAGGCAGACAUGACAGCUGCCCACGAGAUACGGAGGACCACAGAGGAGCAGCUGAUCACUGUACGAGAGGAACUGGCUCAGGUGAAAUCCACACUGAGUGAAGAGAUAGUACAGCUGGACAAGAAGCUGUCUCAAGAGACGCUGGCCAGUAAACAGCUGCAAAGAGAUAAGACUGCUUUUGAGGAGGCAUUGAGUAGAACCAAGAAACAAUUGGAGGAGCUGUCAGUGGACAAUGAGGGUAUUCGACAGGAGCUGGCUCGUACCCAGAUGGAGAGGGAGGCGGAGCAAGGGGUGUGGUCAGAUGAGAGACAACAGGCAGAGUUUGAGCGACAAAGACAAGCCACUCAUAUCCUGUCGGUUCAGGAGGAGCUCUCCUCAGCCGAGGGGGAGAUUGAGAGGAUCCAGUCGGAGCUCACAGGGAAAGGGGAGGAGUUCAAGUCUACAGAGAGGAAGCUCCACCUCCAUGUCUCUGAGCUGAGUGAAGAACUCACCACGAACCAGAGGAAACUGGACACUCUCAAAGCAGACAAGGAGAGAGGUGAUAAGAAACAUGAGACCGAGUUUUCUGCACUCUCCAGUAACCUAGCAACACUGAGACAACAGCUGCAGUCUACCAAGACCCGGCUUAGCUCUACAGACGAGAUGCUGACUCAGCAGUCAGCUCAGGUCAAAGAUUUGAACAGCAUCAACAAUGCAUUGCAAGAAGACAAGAAGACGCUACUAAACAAGAUAGUGAGUGAGGAGGAGCGUAAGGAGGAGCUGAUACAAGAGAGCUCUCGUCAGGCACGACAGAUCCAACAGCUGCAGUCAGGGCUACAGGAGUUGGGUAGGGAGCAUCAGAAGCUGCAGAUCAUUCAGGCCAGACAGGGGGAGAGACGUUGGGAGAGUGACAAGGAGGUCACUCAGUGUAGGAACUGUGAGAAACCAUUCAAAGGGAGUACUAGGAAGCAUCACUGUCGGAACUGUGGGAUGAUAUUCUGCCAACAGUGCACUUCACAAAACACCCAGCUGCCCUCCUCAAAAAAGUUGGUCAGAGUCUGUGACAGCUGCUUCCUGGACUUGAAGAGUAGAAAAUAACUCACUCAUUUUUUAGCUGAACAUUUAUUAUUUACACACCUUGUUUUUUGUACUUCCUUUCACGUACUGUUUGUCAUAAUAUUAUUAUGUCAUUUUAAUUUCCUGUUUA